GUUCAACAACACACCGCCCUUCCUUUUUUCUUCUUCCCUCUCCCUUUUCGAAUUUGGUCCGUCGUCGCUGCUGCUAGUCUUACUUUUUUUCCACAUUUCUAGAGAUCCUUUUCCUCUCCGGAGUGUUGCAUCGUAAAAAGAAAAAAAAAAAUCACAAAAAAAGUUCGAUAUUCAAUCGUCCAGCGCACAGUUAACCGUCGGUUGUACCUUCCGCACCACUCAGCACACACUGCACAGCAAAGCACAGCACUCGGCACCAUCUAUCUCCAGGAGAAGAGUUGGAAACCACCACACCGUCGAUUUUCACAAAAGGAACACACACACGCAUCGCCAGAUACCACAAGACCGCAUUUAAUUCUUUGUACUUUAUUCUGCCGCCUUUCUCUUUUCAUUACCGCCUCUGGCACAUCGUCACCACAUUACCACGCCGCAUAAUUUGUCCCGACCGCCGAAAAACGCCCCCAAGCGCCAUUCCCGAUCGCCCAUCGACGCCGCACAAACUCAACAAGUCUCGUCCAUCGGCAGCCCGUGAAGGAUUGUUCCAUCAGAGACCGUUGAUCGCCGGAAGGGGAGAAACACCCGCUCUUGCGUUGUUCUUUUGCAGCCCAGAGGCCGUAAUCGCUUUCGGCGCUCAUUCGUUGGCUCCUGCCACAAAGAACCAAAGACAAAGGGCACCUUUCCUGUCGAACAUCUUUUUGCGCAACUCGCACCUGCCGUGACGGUGCCAACCCGGUCUUUCUUCACCUCCAGCGCCUGGAACGCUUGGAUCCUAGACGGCCUCUCUCUCGUUGUGCGACGGUCGCCGCUUCCCGAAAGCGUCUUCAGCCGCCCAUUCGCCAGACCGACCCUUGGGGCGUACCAUUCAUUCUCGCCUUUGUUUUGCCGUCUGCAUCUUUCUGCGUUUAGAAGAUUGAUUAAUACUCGUUCUUUGCGCGACGCCAUCAUCCAAGCAUCGCCAAUUCUUACAAGUUUUGCCAUCCUUCGGCUAUUUAUCCCGUUUUAAUUUGGCCGUUCAUCGUGGAACUGCGCCUGUCCUAGCCCUCGGCUACCGCAUUCUGUUCUUUUCGAAUCCAAGUACUUGACGCUCAAGUCGAUUGAGCAAUGGACGCAGGCGGUCUCGCUCAGAUGUCCCAGGCAAACAACUUCGCCAUGCGCCCGGCCGGCGGCCUGGCCUCGCGCCGUGGUGGUGGCGGUGUCGCGCCUCUGUCAUUCGAUGCCCUCAAGUCUCCCGUCGAGCCAUCCGCCCCGACUCCCCGCACCACUGCCAGGGCUCACCUACUCGCAGGCUUGCGGACUGCCCCCAAGUCUGCGACGGCUGCCAGCUUUGCCGCCUCCGGAACUGUGACCGGAGUGCCCACCCAGGCCCGCAACAGGAACUCCAUGGCUGCUAGCUACGGCCAUGACUCUAUCCUUAAUGGCCCAAGGACCUCGAUCCCCACUGGCUUUGCCCUUCAGCAACAACAGCAGCAAGCCUUUGCGGGCUAUGCUCAGCAGGCUCAGCAACAAGCCCAGCAGCAGGCUCAAGCCCAGGCUCAGCAGCAGGCCCAGGCCCAAGCUCAAGCUCAGGCUAUCCAGCAGCAGCAAGCUCAAGCUCAGGCUAUUCAGCAGCAGCAGGCUCGUCUCCAGCAGCAGCUCUACACCGCUGAUCAGAUUCUCGCUCCUCCCGAGAUCCACAUCGAGGAGCAGUCACCUGAGAACAUGGAUCCUGCCGUCUACGCCAACCUCGUCAACACCAACAUGUACCUUGCUCAGCAGCAGCAGCGCCUUCAGCAGCAGCUCAUGAGCCUGCAGGCUGCCCAGCAGCAGUUCCAGAACCUCAACCUCAAUGGACAGUCGGGCUACCAGAACAUGUACCAGCAGCAGCAGCAGCAGCAGCAACAGGCCCAUCUCAACAUGCUGAUGCAGGGUAUGACCACCGGUCAAGGCACCAUCUACACGGUGUUUGACCCCGCCACCGGACAGAACUCGUACUACCUUGACCAGAGCACCGCUCAGAACCAGCAGUACGACCAGUUUAACGGUGGUUACCAGUCUCAGCAGACGCCGCGCGUGCAGGUGUCUCCCCCACCGGCCGAGAUGAACAAUGGCUUCCGUAACAACUCGCCGCCCCGCAGGUUCGAGUCUCCCGAGCAGCAUGCUCCUCUGCCGCCCCCGAGCGCCAAUGCCUUCCGUCGUGGCCACAAGAAGUCGGGGUCGGUCUCUAACAAGGAUGGCUCUCUCUCCGUCUCGCUCCUUGAGUCCGGCUCCAAGACCCCCGGCCCCAAGACGGCCUCGUUCCCGCUCACCCCCUUGACUGGCGGCUACGGUCCUGGCCAGGCUCGCGCCGGGGAGCAUCCCGUUCGCCAGCCGCGUGGCCCUCCCAGCUUUGACGAGCUUCGCACCAAGCCCACCUCCAAGCACGACGGCAGCAAGAACUUUGCCGGCCGUACCCGCCGCUCUGCCCUGAGCAACCUUGUCCGCGCGGGCAUCACGCGCCGCGAGGUCAAGAGCACCGGCAGCUCGGGCACCGCUAGCCCCAUCUCGGAAAUCGCUGAGGAGCUUCCCACCCCCCUUACUGAGGACGGUGAGUCUGUUUCCGGACGCAGCGGGUCCGGCAGCCUCAACGGCGACGACGAUGACUGCGCCCCUCCGAGCUCCCGCACCUCGACCGGCAGCUGGGGCGCCAUUGGAUCGGACCGCCCCAGCUCCCGCCAGAAGAAGGCCCGCCAGCAGAGUGUUGACAGCCUCAGCAACGCUAGCGACAACGAGAGCGGCAGUGUAGGAGGAUCGUCCUUUGCCAGCGUCUUCAAGGGUACCAGAAAGCCCCAAGGCAACGAGGCAGUCGGCCAGCGCAAGGCACCCAUGAUCGUCCUGGGCCGCGGCGCCGAGAAGCGCAAGACUGUCCCCGGCGCGGUCCCAGUCGCCUAAGCUUCUGGACAAGCCAAGAUGUGGAGGGGUUUCCUUGUGGACUUUCACGAACGGAGUUCUUUUUUUCUUGGGGACUGUUCUUGCAUUGGCCUUUUGUUUUCUCAUCUCAUUGCCACCGUUCCUUUCACAGCCAAGACGUUUUCUUACAUAACGUAAUUAACGAUCAUGCCUCGCGCCCACGUCUCUCAUUCCUUCGUUCAGUAUCUCUCUCGCGAUAUCGCGCCUCCCCUCCAUAGUGGACGACAGUUCCCGCGCCGGCCUGGGGGGUCGAUCAUGUUCAUUUCGCCCUGGAACGAAUCAGAGCAGGUGUCUGUAGCCUGGCUACUGGGCCUCGUGGGUAGAUCCUUCGAGUCCUCCGACCACUCUGGUCUUCGCUUCCUGGUUCGUUUCAACUUGUGGUGGAUCUGGGUAUUGGGGAAUAAGAGUCGAUACUUCAUUUAUCUUGGGACUUGCACAUUUCCCACGUCAAACGAGGAUCCGCCCUUUCAUCCAUGAAUUGUUUCUUUCUCGCCUCAUUCGUUCAUUCGGUUUUAGUCGAUGGACGCCUCCAUUUUUGCUCGUCCUGCUCGCGUAUGGACCCUCUCGCUGUUGACUUUUUUUUUUAUCGUUUCUUUGCUCUGGUUUGAUAUUUGCGUUUUUGGGAACCGGUUGGUUCACACGGUGGUCGCUUUGGCAUCAUGCCUGCAAUCUCUCGAGACUUCUUUUCUUUUGGUUUCUCCCGGCAGCGGCCGAGGGCAUACAUUGCCCUCCUGCAGCACGGCCUUCAGAAAUGGUUUGAAGUAGUGGGAUGGCCAGUGACAGGGACGGUGGCGAGCGAUGGGCCUGCGACUAUGGUGUUUCGCGAGGCUGCUCUGCCAUUUUCUUUCUUUUUAACUACGAGUUUUACCGUCCCGUCGUCCAUAGACAAAUACAAUAGCCAUGGUCAUCUACCUUGAUGCAACUCUUGUUUUACGCGAUGUAACUUUCCUGUAUCUUGGUUGCCCGGGAUUUCGGGUUGCAAAUGAUAGCAUACAAGGAU